AGAGAGAGAGAGAGAGAGAGAGAGAGAGAGAGAGAGAGAGAGAGAGGAGCCGGCUGGAUGAUGAUGGGCGGAGCAGUAAGCUCCUCCGCUGAGCUGGCAGACUCUGGGCUGGUCCUGACGGGCUGCUGGCUGAGGCUCUCCGGGCUGGAUGUCUGUCUGUGAGCUUCAGACGGUCUUUAGGGGAGACUAACACCACCAACACUCAGCGUCUCUCCUCGAGUCCUCACAGAUUAGAACAACAACAACAAGAACAACAAAUAAAAGAAAAGCCAGAAGACACACGAGGACAACUGAGAGGAAAGAAAGCAAAACAGCCCCACCUCUGCAUCUGGAAAAGCACCGAAGAAACCACCCUUAUAGGAAACCUCCACUCUGACCAGCAUUAAGCGAUGCGCUCUGAAUUUUACGCAAAACCCCUUUUUCUCUCUCCUCUGACGGAUUUGGGUGUUUACACUUUUUUUUUUUUCCAGUGGUGUGAUAACAUGCAUGAGUGUUUAUCAUCCCACAAGAGCUGUCAUUCCAUAGAUUAGUCUUUAUUUGCCAGCUGUCACACAAACACACGCAGCUUGUGUGUUUUUUUUUUUUAUUCCCAUGCUUACAAAGAAUCCCGACAAUGGUCUGGAAACGGACCGCCUCUCCAGACGCAUAGACACAUCUUUCUCCAAGACGCAUCAGGUUUAUAUUCCCUGUAAAUAAGCGACACAUUGACGAGGAGUCAUUUGACACCGACGACGCAGCUUUGAGGACUUUGCGUGCAGAAGUUUGCACCGAGAAGAGGAGGAGAUAUCUCGGCCAUAUACCCACGGUGUAAGGUGGGAGGUCGGCGGAGUCGUGGUCAUGCUGUCCCUGGACGAGCCCCUGGACCUGAAGCUCCCUCGGCGGGCCAAUGGGCGGGACAGAGGUACGCGCUCGCCCCCGCUAUCCCCGCUGCACCCCAAGCGAGCUCGCAUGCUCCGCAUGGCGGAUGAUGGCACCGCCGUCAUAGAGCCCGCCUCGCCUGCAUCUCCGCACACAGGUGUGCAGGUGGUCCCUCAUGAUCGGACAGACACCCCCACCCCCCCUGCGGUGGACCUGAGCAUGUCGCCCUCCUCCCGCCACACCCCCAGCUCUCCAGAAAUGACCAACGGCAACUACAUCCCCUCAGGGCACUCUCACAUCUCACAGGCCUUUCAGUUCUUUGUGCCAAUCGGAGCCGGUGCGGGACUCCACCUGCCAUCCUCCAUGUUCAUUGGCCAGACGAGCGACAAGAGAGCCUCUCCUGACCUCUCGGCGGAUGAACAACUGGCCUGCCACUGGAAGAAGUGCCAUCUGCUCUUUGACUCCCUGCAAGACCUGGUGGACCACGUCAACGACUUCCACGUCAAGCCUGAGAAGGAGUCUGGGUACUGCUGCCACUGGGAGGGCUGCGCUCGCAAAGGGAGGGGUUUCAAUGCUCGGUACAAGAUGCUCAUCCACAUCCGCACUCACACUAACGAGAAGCCCCAUCGCUGUCCCACCUGCAACAAGAGCUUCUCACGCCUGGAGAACCUCAAGAUACACAACCGGUCACACACAGGUGAAAAGCCCUACAUCUGUCCUUACGAGGGUUGCAACAAGCGCUACUCCAACUCCAGCGACCGCUUCAAGCACACGCGCACACACUACGUGGACAAGCCCUACUACUGCAAGAUGGUGGGCUGCCUGAAGCGCUACACAGACCCCAGCUCCCUCCGCAAGCACAUCAAGGCCCACGGCCACUUUGUGCUUCAGGAGCAGGGCUCCCCGGGUGGCGUGGGCUCCCUGCUGAGGGGGAGUCAAAGCGGCGUACUCCAUGGCGAAGCCGGGAAGGAUUCAGAGCUGUCUUACGUGAGCGCGGCCCACAUUAUCAUCCCGGGGGCGGCGGCUGCUCUCCUGGGAGGCCACGCUCUGCAGGGUCUGGGUGGCGCCCUGUCCCCCCUCAGUCCCCGGCCCCUGGACCUCAGCACGCUCGGUUGCCCCGGCUCACCUCCAGGCAUCCUGUCCUUCAACGGCUCCACGCUGGGACUCGCCAAAUCCCAUCUGCUCUCCCAGGGGUUCCCCUCCUCGGCCCUGGGCCUGUCCAUGAUGCCCGUGCUGGGGGCCUCGUCUGACCGCAGGGUCCAGAGCCAGCAGGCCAAGAGGGGCCGGGGGGAGGAGGCGGAGAACGAGGUGACUGGGAGGGUCCUGAACCUCUCCACGGGAUCCCAUGAUCCCCUGUCCUGGGUGGUCAUCCCCCCAGGCACCGUGGUGCUCAAGCCAGCUGUGGUCAACUGAUACACACACACACACAUUCCAGAAGAGCUCAGGGGGUCGGGACGGGAGGGUGGACGCCAUAGUGAGGGUACGGGGCGGUCAAAGGUGAUGGGGAUUGGCUCGCACAAUCAAAUCCAGGCAAUGCAUUUCAGAGAAAACUAUACCACCAAUCAACAAAACUAUAGAUAACACUACACCUCACAAGAAAUACAACGCAAGCCUCUUGUAUUGACGGGAAACUUGAGGCCCAAGAACUCUGUUCAGGAACAGUAUUGACUGUAUUUCUAUCACAAGGCCUGACAACAGGCUCUAUCUUUGCUGUCUUAUUUUGUACUUUACUCAUUCCCUGACAGUCUUAGUGCUCUGUGUUCUCACAAAAGUCCUGAUUCAUUGAUUAGUAUUUAUAUCAUCAGACAGCGUGCCUCCAGCUUAGCAGUGAGAUAAGAUGCACCACGAAACUGAACGACGCUCUCACAGUAAAGGCAAAUGUGCACGCGAUAGGACGAUUCUUCAUUUUUAAAGUUACACAACCUAUUUUUCAUAGGCUGCUGUGAUUAAUAUGCUUCAGACAGGCUUGCAAAAAAAACCCAAAGCAAGUGAACUCAAACUGUCUUGGAUUUGCAGUUUCAGCUCUGAGUUCAAUUAAACACAGCACUUAUUAAUAGUGUCAACUGAUAUUGAAACCUCAAAAACUGCUGCUAAACCUUCUCAGCUCCCCCCCAGUGUAGCACAAACUGGGAGGGAGCACUUUUUGACAAUCUGUCCCCAGUUUUGGGGAGGGUGACCAACAUGGAAACAGCCACCAGAAUGUGUGCCAGACUAGGGGCUUUUUAAGGGCACAGAGCUAACUGAGGACUUUACAGACAAACGGUGUUGCAUCACCUGACAAGAUGACCAAUCAUCACUUCCUCUUUUACACAAAUUGAAAAAGGCACCGGUGUGUCUGGCUCCCCCCUCUGGUUGGACACGAUACACACAACAAUCCCGCUUUCCACUUACACUACUCGCACUGUUUUUAACUUCUGGAUUGUCCAGCUGCUUUUCCUGUAAUUGAAUCAACAUGGCCAGUUUGUGUUAUGAAAGGGCCACUGUGGUGAUAAACACUAGUGUCUUGUUUUUUAAAAAAGCGACCCGACCCAAAACCAGCUGCGAAAAGCAGGUGGUCGUCCAGUCGAAGCCCAACUUAGCCUUGUCGGUUGAAGUUUUGUCCCAAGUUCAACACGUCCCAUGCUGUGCCAAAAAUACCUGGAGAGGGGGAAAUGUAUGUAUUGUGCCGCAGAGGGGGGUGUGAUGCACUCGAUGCCACAUACAGCUGGACUGACUAGGAAGCCACACUAUUGCAAACUGCCUCAUUUUACGCUGUCCAAAGGGGCAGAAAAAAAAGACUCAUUUGACGUCUGGGAAAACUUUUCUCAUGGUUCGAUAAAGCAGUCAACACGCACUUACCACACAUACUAUAUUCCUUACAUGUUUUAUGAAAUGUUACUGCCAAGUGAUGGAUCUUUAAAACUAUUUUUCUGCAGGGGGUUUAUCCUGUUGUGGAGUCCUGCUUAGCGUUAAUGCAUGUAUGAUGUUGACUCCACAGCGGAGAGCUAUAGGGAGCAGGAGAGGAUCGUCACAACACAACAGACUGCCGCACACUACUACCCUCCUCUCUCUGCUUAUAUGUUGGUGGUCUUACUUUUCCACUCGCCCAGUCUUAGAAAUAAUCUGUUAUUGCUGUUUUUUUCUUAUUGUUUUUUUUGCUGUUGUUCAGACGAGACAUUUUUUUCUGAUGUUGAAGUUGCUUCCUGUGUUCUGCGACGGCUGCUCUCAGCUCAGCUUUCUGCCGCCGAGCGUUUUGAGGGGUUGAGGAGAAGACAAGAGGGAGAGGUGUGUGUGGGGGGGGUCUUCUAGAGCAGUGGUUCCCAACCUGGGGGGUUUGGGAUGAAUCUAAAGGGUCACCUGAUGACUACAUUGAUAUAUGAAAGAACACAUUUUUCCUUUUACACAAAAUUUGGUUCAUUUUUUCACUUUUCUCUAGUAUGUUUUGCUUUAUAGCGACACUAGCGAUGUGGCUCAGUGGAUGGCGUCCAGACUGAAAUAUCUCAACAACUACUGGAUGGAUUGCCAUAAAAUCUUGUUUAUUCAUGUUUCCCAGAGGACUUUUCAUCGUGCCACCAUGAGGUUGACAUUUAUGGUUUGAAAUGAAAUGUCUCAACAACUAUUCAUUGAACUUGGGUACACACAUUCAUGUUCCCCGCUGGAUUAAUUGUAAUAUCUUAAGCGAUCCCUUAACUUUCCAUCUUGCGCCGUCAUCGGGUCAAAAUUUCUGUUUGUCCAACACUUUGGUUUAUGACCAAAUACCCGCAAAACUAAUGACACUGACAACCCCCAGGUGUACUUUGUGUUUAGUUGAGCUAAUCAGCAAAUGUUAACUUCAACACGUUCUCAUCUCAACUCGUCACAUACUGACGCUUUCUCAGACCUCUCGGCGUCACUUUUCGGUCGCAUGUAAACACGUGAUUAAUGUCGUGAAUUCAACUAAAACACUUGCUUACAAUUAGGCAACAAAACCACUUAGUUAGGUUUAGUAAAAAAAACAAUAUAGUUAGACUUAAAACUACAAGUUUGUAAAGUGAAAAUGUGAAAACCGGAAACGAACGAUCAGCUGAUUGUAAAGCGGGACAAGAACAGUGGUCUCUUGGAUGCCUUUGAGCCUUGUGUUGUUGGACACAUCCGACUCCCCUCCCGCCCGUUGACGGCGGAUGGGUUUACGUUGUAGUUCAUGGAAAGCCUGGUGCGUCGUAUACCGGCGUUAAGGGGCUGCCUUUUGCGGCAGUAUCGAACGCCGAUGGCUGUUACAAGGCGUUGGUAUUUGACGCCCUGGGAAUGAGAACGGGCUGGCAUGUUACAUUGUCGCCUCGCUUCCCAGCAUUGAACACUUAAUGCGCUGCCAUUAAACGAAAGGAACUAGGCACCUGAUUGGACGAACGCUCUCACUCGUGGGCUGCUGCUCCCAGCUUUCAAACCGGAACCAACAUGGUGGCUCAUUUGGAAACUUUCUUCGAAAAGAGUUCACCGAAAUAUAUUUCUGAAAACAUUUUAUGCGAAAAAUAAGCCACGCAGUUGCUGAAUCUGCCUUUAUUUUGGAUCGACGAUGUUUAGUUUAAAAGUUUCUCGGGAGUUUCCAGAGGCUGCGAGUUGUGCCGGGCGCCCCUGAUUUGCCCUAAAGUAGCCGAGACCUCGGAGGCUGUGGACACGUUCCAUUAGUCCUCUUGGGAAAUACUGAAUGUGGUUAUGAAACAAUGUGGGAAGGAGAAAUCACUCUUUUGGUUGAAAUGCUCACAACAAUACGUCCAAACUGAGGCCACAAACUGUGAUUACGUUCAGAUGAUGCUUCAUUUUAAGCCAAAAAGGUUGGAGACCACUGCUCUAGUGGGGGGAAUAGGAAAAAUAUAUAUAUCUAGUGGACCAAAUGAUAUCACAUUCCUCCAUGACAAUCACAUUGGUGUACAAAUAUUAAGUGUCCUAACAACAUUAUCUUCGGGGCUAAAUUAGAUUUGCAAACUCUGCUUCCUUUGUUCUUUUAAUUUUCCACCGCCAGAUAAACCACAGAGAAAUAGCAUCCGGCUGUGAAAUGGCGGGCAGCGCUGCUAAAGCGUGAGAGCAAAGAGAGAGAGAGAGACAGGACUGGCUGAAUGAGUGAAUGAAUGGACAAGGGGAAAGGGAGAGAUGAGGGGAGAGGCUGUGUGUGCCAGCAGAGGGGAAAAAGAGGCAGAGGAGAGCUGCGCCAUGCAGCCGCCCUCCAUCUGGUCACCUACCCAGCGAACGGCCCUCUCGGCUCUGAAGUCACUGGCUGCGCUGUGCCCAAUGUGGCAGCGACUCACAGGCAUACCAGCCUGCAGAAAACUAGGCCACUGAACUCUGUCUGCCCUCGGCUUCUUUUUUUUUUUUUAUAGAUUAAACCCAAAAGGCUCAACUCCCCCACCUCCCGGCCACAAAGCGUUUCACCAGAGAUGGAGAAAACAGGCAGACUAACAAGCCACAUUCACAGUAAACAAAAACAAAUAUAUAACCCUCCCUUGUCUGGGGUGCGAGCUCUGUGUCGGACCUCCUACGGGGCCGGCGAGGAUUCACAGCUGAGAUUAACAGGCGUACCUGAGUUUCUGCCUCAGUGGUUCUUAGUCAUCAUUAUAUCUCUCAGCCUGUCUCUGGGUUCAGGCUGGGCAUUGAAGUGAAUCUCUCAUUGUGAGUGGACAAUCCUGCCAUGUGAUGUCAUCAGAAACAGGUGUUAAGUAGGCUAGACACGGUUUCCGUGGCAACAGUGAAACCCACAGAUGCGGCGGCGGCUCUCCUCCUCCCUGUCUUGUCUGUCUCUCCUCUGCAGGUCGAAGCCAGGGACAGAGAGAGAAAAGAGGCGGCAGAAAGCUGAACAAUAUGACACGGAUCCUCCCGGGGUCCACAUCGAUUUUUUUUUUCUUUUUUCCAAAAUAUCAAAUAAGCUGUAUGAUCCAUUAACCCUUUGAGCUCAGUCUGUAAUAAACUGCACUUUUGUUCCCCCCUCAUAGCGUGUGUAGAUACGGGGAUGCUGCCACAUCCUUUCUCAGUGUACAGCGUUACUCAUCAGUUGUUUUGAGAACCAAGAAUAAUUGUAAAAAAAAUUCAUCCUCAGUUGCUAAAAUGUCUGAAUUUGAUGUCUUUGAUAAAAAGCGGUACUUUGCUCCUGGAGAUUUUAACCCUCACUUAACUGUUAUGAAAGGUGGAACUGAAAUCCAGGGGCAUAAAAUUUGUGUUAGCUAGCUAGGUCAGUGUCAUUGUAAAAGGGGUGCCAUUGACUGAAGUGCCACAGUGUUGCACAAAGGGUUAAUGAUAAGACUAAGGCCACGCAAGGCCUGUUCCAAGUUAUGUUUUUUGCACAUUUGUGAGAUAUUGUCAGUAUUUUAAUUUUUUUUCCAAGUGCCUUUUUAUUAUAGGUAAAAUAUAGAAGUUAUACACUAUAUGAAAAAAAAAAUGAUUAUAUGAAAAUAUAUUUUUCCUGGCAUCAUGUUCUGUGGUUGAACAUGCAGAAUUUUAGAGUUGUAAAAGUCUCCAAUUGGUACAACAUAGCGGUGUUCUCCUGUUUUAGAGGAAUUUUAUUACGAUAUUGAUAAUAAUGUCAAUGAAAAGAAAAAAAUGUUUAAUAAAGUUGUAUUUGAUACAA